AUGACUAAAGAAUUGUGGGAUUAUUUGGACCACAAGUACAAAGCCGAAGAUGCUAGAGCUAAGAAAUUCUUGGUUGGCCAAUUCUUGAACUUCAAGAUGGUGGAUUCCAAAAAUGUGAUAAGCCAAGUGCAAGAUCUUCAGUUGAUUAUCCAUGGAAUACAUGCUGAAAGGAUGGUCUUGAGUGACUCUUUCCAAGUAACUGCUAUUAUAGAGAAGCUACCCCUUGCAUGGCUAGACUUCAAAAAUUAUCUAAAGCACAAGCGAAAGGAAAUGAGUGUUGAAGAUCUCAUUCGCAGACUUCGAAUUGAAGAGGAUAACAAAAGUGCUGAGAAGCGAUCCUCAAAUCCCAAUGCUGCCAAGGCUAAUAUGGUGGAGCAUGACAAAGGCUCCAAGGGGAAGAAGCCUAAGCCCAAGCCCAAGCCAGGGUCCAAACUAGGAACAAAAGGUGGAGUUUCAAAGAAGUCAAAAUUCCAAGGGAAGUGCUUUAACUGCAACAAGACGGGACAUAAAUCGUCAGAUUGUAGACUGACGAAAAAGAAAGGAAUGGUGACUCGUCAUGUCUAUGUGAACAAGUCUGCCUUCAGAGACCUUACUUCAGUGGAAAAUGGGGAUAAGAUCUACAUGGGUAACUCGGAAACCUCUGAGAUAAAGGGGCAAGGUACUGUGUACUUGAAGAUGACGUCUGGAAAGAGUGUCAAACUGCAGAAUGUGUUGUAUGUGCCUGACAUUUGCAAGAAUCUGAUCUUUGGAACACUCCAGAGCGUACAUGGGUUCAAGAUGGUUUUUGAGUCCCAGAAAAUUGUACUGACUAAAGUUGGUGUUCUUAUUGGGAAGGGUUAUGUAAAAGAGGGAAUGUGA